AUGGACUCGAAUGCGAUGGAUAUUGACGGCGCUGCCGGCCCGAGUGCGCCCCUGCAGCCCGUGGUGACUGCGCCGCCAAUCGAGGCUGGAGCGCAGCAGAAGGAGACGCCCGUGCUCACUGUUGAGCCGAGUGGGACGAGCAGCCCUAUCCCGAAUGCGCUCGCCACUGUGCAAAACACAACAACGGUCAAAGCCGAUGAUGCUAACGGGGGAAGCGCUCGCAUCGCCCGCACGGGAUACGUGUACGACCCGCUCAUGAUGCUUCAUUGCCAAGACGGAUACGUGCCAACCGAGGACAUUCACGAUACGGGCGAGGGCCACCCCGAGGAGCCGAUGCGUAUCAAGCGCAUCUUCACGCGCCUCAAGGACAACGGUCUCAUCCGGCGGAUGAAGGCGCUGCCCUCACGGGAAUGUACGCUCGAGCAGGUCCGUCUUGUCCACGGCGAUGACCACUGGUUGAAGGUUCAGGGAACGGAGACGUUCACGGACGAGUACAUCCAGGAGACGAAGCAGUACUACGAGAACCUGUCGUUAGCAGUGUGCACCGGACAGGUCCGAAAUGCGUUCGCGAUUGUGCGCCCACCAGGACACCACGCCGAGCCGGACGAGCACAUGGGCUUCUGUUUCUUCAACAACGUCGCGGUUGCCGCGCGCGAGAUGCAGAAAGAGGGACUGGCGAAGAAGGUGCUGAUUCUUGACUGGGACGUGCACCACGGAAACGGAACGCAGCGCGCAUUCUGGAAUGACCCGAACGUGCUCUACAUCUCUCUUCACCGACACGACGGAGGCAAGUUUUACCCUUCGUCCGACUUCGGUGCGCUCGAUAUGGUCGGCGAGGGACCGGGUGAGGGCAAAAGCGUGAACAUUCCGUGGCCGAGUGGAGGGUUCGGCGACGGAGACUACAUCUACGCGUUCCAGAAGAUCGUGAUGCCGAUUGCGUAUGAGUUCGAGCCCGAUCUCGUCAUCAUCUCGUCCGGCUUUGACGCGGCCGACGGUGACCACCUCGGACAGUGUCACGUCACGCCAGCGGGCUACGGACACAUGACGCACAUGUUAAGCGCGCUCGCUGGAGGUCGGCUCGUCGUCGCUCUCGAGGGAGGAUACAACCUGCGUGCUAUCAGUGACAGCUCGCUCGCCGUCGCGCAGGUGCUGCUGGGCGAGACGCCGGCGGAGCUGACGCACGUCGAGGCGAGCGAGGCGGCGACCGAGGUCGUGCGCCAGGUCGCAAAGGUGCAGAGCCGGUUCUGGAAGAGCGUGGACGUGAAGGCGUGCGAGCCACCCGAGCCCGGAUGCGAGGCAUCCGUCGUCGCGAUCCCGGAUAUCCUCAAAAUUUACCGUGCCCACCACCUGUUCGAGAAGUAUCGCCUGUGUCCGAUCCCGUUGGCCAGUGAGGAGUUGGAGGAGGCGUACGCGAACCAAGUCCUCGCUUCUCAGGGACUCUUCGACGCCGCACCCGGAUCCACGCUCGUGCUCUUCGUGCACGACUUUGGCAACCUCCGCGUCGAGACGGACGGCGUCGCCACGACGGAUAUCCAGCUUGCCAACUCGUACCUCCUCGACACGACCGAUGCCGUCGUCGACUGGACGCGGGAGCGGGGUUACACUCUGAUCGACGUGAACAUGCUGCGCGCUCUGCCGACGACUCUGCCCCGCGAGGGACCACGUAUGGUCGCGAACAAGGGCGACCCGCGCGACGGCAAGCUGCUCCGGUAUCUGUGGGACAACUACGUCGACCUGAGCGACGCGGACAAUGUGGUGAUCAUAGGUCACGGCUCGGGGUGUGCGGCGGUGAUGGAGCUGAUCAACCACCGCGACGUCGAGAGCAAGGUCAAGGCAGUCGUGCAAGUGGGCGGACUGCAUUCCCUCGUCCGCGUUGACCCGAACAACGAGACGAGGCGUAACUGGUUCCGAGCCAGCAACCGAAUCUACAUCCCCAAGAGCCACCCGCUCAUGAACGAGGAGCGGCUCUGGCGCCGCCUCGGCGGCCAGAUCCACACGAGCGACAAGGCCAAGGUCGUCGAUGUCCUGAACGACUCGAUGCCCCAGAUCAAGGAGUUUGUCGCGUCCAAACUCCCCGCUGCGCCUGUUGCCCCCGCGGCUGUCAAUGGAGAGUCCGUUACCGCCGCUUAG